AGCACCGGAGAGUAGCGACUUCCAAUGCAGACCAGUGUCAUGCCGUCGGUGACUCCCCCACUGCUCCACUGGCCACUAUGAAACCGCAGCGUCGGGCAUUGCAGCAAAAAGCGCUACGGGUUUCUUGUCUCCCGUCUCACCUCACUUUUCUUCGCUUCUUCGUUGUUCGAGCUCAAAGAAGUUGGAGAUGAGGGAGGUCCAGAUGCUGAGCUAUGCAUUCAUUGCAGCAACCAUUGCCUGCUUAGGUUCAUGGAUGAGCAUACAGCUUCCGGUUGCACUGCCUUUGGGGUAACAACACGACUGAUGAACAUGUAAUUCAAUUAACAGCUACUGGAUCUUCCAGUUGGUGGGAGCCUUAUGUGGUGGAUAUGACACUUUCUCUUGUUAAAUUAUUUUGAUGAUGUUAGUGACCAUGCGCUCAAGCUGUUCAAGCUGCUCAGCCAUCAGAUGCAAAUGAUUAUUUAUAUGCAUUCCUUUAUCAGGCUGCAUGAAAGUAGAAAGAGUUUUAAAAGGUUAAAAUGAUGAGUGCUGUAGUGAGAGGCAUGGUGCUUUUGUGUCUUGAAGUUCGAUAACUGUUCUGUGAUAAGAGGCUGACUUAAUUUUCUUCUUCAUUGUCAACAUCUCAAUGGAUCUCGACAUCGCACUUGAGAGUGAAAAUGUUUUCCAGGUUGGACCAAGAUCUAAGAUUGCAAUUUCAUCUUUCUCUAAUAGGAAGAAGGCAGAAGAGAGGGUUGUAUAUCAAUGUACAAAUGCAGAAGAUGGAGAUAAAAGAUGGCGACACUUGAGCACCUAUGGCUUGAUUGUUAACGAUUCUAGUGAAUUGUUUUUGUGUAAUCCUGCCUGUUCCCUUCGGAAAAGCAUGCCUUCCAGGUCAAUUGGAAUGGAUGUAAAAGAUAGUGAGGUGCCAAAGCGGGGUUCUAUGUAUCAAAGCUCAGAAGAAGUCAGAAGAAUUCAAGAGGAUACAGAUAGCAGGAGUGUGAAGCAAUACCGUAGUGAUGAUGCUUUUCUGUCUUUUGAAGUUAUCAAAUCCUCACCACGGCAUUCAUCAAAAAAAUCUGUUUACUUUCCUCAACCAACUAAAGAAGCUCUGAUGUCUUUAAACAUGGAUCAAGAUUCUCCAUCUUGUGAGUUAUUUCCGAAAGAAAAUAUUGAGUUUUUAGACUUGUCAUUCCGCGAACUCUUAGAGGACCGUUCAAAGAUCAGUAUUUCAAGCUCAAAUACAGAUCCAGCAGGCAUCAGUUCUGCAGAUAACCUCUUGGAAAUGCACUUGCGGACCGAAGAGAUCGCUAUUUUUUCUGGAAAGGAAGCUCCUGAGUUUGUAGAGAAAGUGCAGGUAAAAGAAACAAAUUCUGGUACACUUCAGUUGUUUAGUGAUGGAGUUGAUGCUGGUAUUAUCUAUAACAGAGAUUCUAUUUGCAUUCUGCCCAAAUCCUUUUCAGCAAAUGUAGGAACUUCAAUCACAUCUUAUCAUUUAGAAAGAGAGAUUUUAAAAUCCAGCCCAAAGACUCGUUUCAGUCCAUUUAAGAAGAUGUUGGAUCCUAUUUUGAAAUCUAAAUCUCUGCGCAACCCAUUUCACAAGGAACCAGAAAUCAGUAGUGGUACAGCCUCCGAUGCUCGAAACUUAAGUAGACAUAAAAUUUUCCCCAAAUACCUACUGAAUGAUUUCUCAAGGGCAGCUCAGAAGAUUGAAAAUGACAGUGAAUCUAACGGAAGUGACCAUGUGAUGAAAACAGCUAUUUCUCCUGCUCACUUGCAUGCUGCUCUCAGAUUGGAAUGUAACCAUGGUGCCCCACUGUAUGAAUUCUCUGUUAAAGAUAAUGAAGAUGUUCUCUGUGCGAAGACAUGGAAAGCUGAAAAUGAUUUUAAUUGGAUGUAUACUUUCCAUUGCUGUAAAAAGAAAAGUAAUAGCCACAAUAAUAGAACAAAAGACAGACAUGAUCAGCUAUCUCUAAUGAUUGGUCAGAUGCAGGUUUCUUGUUACUUGUGCCCAGAGAUCACUGGUGCUGGAUCUUUUGAUAACUCAGCUGUUACAGAGUUCACUAUGUAUGACAUUGCUCAAGCAAGAAGGAACCAUGCGGUUGAGAGAUCCCAUGUCUCAUCGAAUUCCAGUCAAACUGCUGUUUUUACUGUUGCAGACAGUUUAGUUGCAGAAGCUUCAGAAUCAAGUCGCUUGAAUAAGGCUGGAAACAACCAUUAUCCUGUUAGCGUCUUUUCCUCUGACUUUGACUCGGAACAUUCAACUUCUUGUCCCUGGGAACCAACCGAGUUACAGCCAAACCUUGAAAUCGCUGCCAUUGUUAUUCAGAUCUCUUUUACUAAGAAAGAUGCCUUGAAAAAUAUUCAAGCGGGAGAAAAGUACAGCAGUGGAAACAAAGGCUUUUCUAGUGUUUCUGUAGCAGAUCAGACAAGAGUUACCGUUGGUACUCACCCUAGUUCUGCAUAUAUAAAGGUAGUUACACCCAGUGGGAGACAUGGUCUCCCUAACAGUGAGGAAGAUGGGCCUUCUUCAUUACUUGACAGAUGGAGAUUUGGUGGAGGCUGUGAUUGUGGUGGUUGGGACAUGGGCUGCCCAAUUCUUUUGUUUGAAACUAUCAACAAUGAUAAUGUGACUUCAAUAACUGGAACGCAACUACCAAUUCUUCUUUUUGCUAAGGGUAAAAAGGAAGAGUUUCCUGUUCUCACCAUCGUGGCUAAUGGGAAGGGACAGUAUGCAGUUGAUUUUCAUGCUCAAUUAUCAUCACUGCAGGCAUUCUCAAUAUGCAUUGCCAUUCUUCAUGGCCGCGAAGCUUCUUCAUCUAUCUGCCAAGACCAGGACAAGCAUAAACUGUACUCUAAUUCCCUCAAGCUUCUUCUUGAAGAUGAAGUAGGAGAUAUCGUUGAAGCCGUUGCAGAGGAGAAGAAAAGAAAAAGAAACGAGAGAGUUGUACCGCCAUCUUUCUUCCUCGACUCCCCAUUUUCUCCGAUGGGCCGAGUCUAGUUCACAACGAAGACUGUGGAAUCUGGUCAUCUAGCUAGCUGAUGGGAGCUCCGGCAGAGCAAACUAUGCUUUA